UAUCCACCUCAAACAAACAAUGUUCAGGUUAGCAAUGGUGAAACCACUCGCAACGGUCUAUUUCAAACCGCCGUUACUUCCCUCUCUUUUACCGCCAAAACAAUUAUAUUUACCGCAAUUUCCGAAAAAAAUUCAAUCCUUCACCUCACCGGCGGUGUCAAAUUGUACCAAUCUGAAUAACAGUAUUACAGCCGGUUCAGGUGCAAUUGAAUCUAAUUACUUAUCUUGCUGCAUGCCGGAGAAAAAUAAUCUUAGAAUCGCUGUCCUCCUUAGUGGCGGUGUCGAUAGCAGCGUCGCUCUCCGUCUCCUCCGCGCCGCUGGCCAUCGCUGCACCGCCUUUUACCUCAAAAUUUGGUUCCAGGAAGACUUUGAGAAUUUUUGGUCAGAAUGUCCAUGGGAAGAUGAUUUAAAGUAUGCUAAAGCUGUUUGUGAUCAGGUUGAUGUACCGUUAGAAGUUGUGCAUUUGACUGAUGAAUACUGGAAAAAUGUGGUGUCUUACAUUAUCCAGGAGUAUCGUUGUGGUCGUACUCCGAAUCCAGAUGUUCUCUGCAAUACAAGAAUUAAGUUUGGUGCAUUCAUGGAUGCUAUCAAUAGCAUGCCGUUUGAUUAUGUUGCUUCUGGGCAUUACGCUAGUGUCAUCCACCCACCUGCAGAUCAGAUGAGUGAGCCAUCUGCCUUGGAACUCUCGAUGGACAUGGUGAAGGAUCAAACUUAUUUCCUUUCACAUCUCUCACAGGCGCAGCUAAGGCGUCUAGUUUUCCCUCUCGGUGGUAUUCCAAAGGAUGAAGUUCGCAAACUUGCCACACUUUUUAAUCUACCUAAUAAAGAUAGAAAGGAUUCACAAGGAAUAUGCUUUCUUGGCAAGAUAAAAUUUAGCGAGUUUGUUGCAAGACAUAUUGGUGAGAUGGAAGGUGUCAUAUUGGAUGCUGAUACAGGAGAUUUUCUUGGCAACCAUAGAGGAUUUUGGUUCUACACAACUGGUCAAAGACAAGGUCUGCGUCUUCCUGGGGGUCCCUGGUACGUUGUUGAGAAGGAUGUGAAAAACAAUGUUGUAUUCGUAUCAAGAAAUUAUUUCUCAUUUGACAAAAGAAGGCGCUUCUUCCGUGUUGGCUCUUUGAGAUGGUUUAAUGGGCUACCUCCAAAGGAGACCAGCCAGCUCCAGUGUAAGGUAAGGCAUGGCCCUGGAUUUUAUGAUUGCAGUGUGGAAAUAAAACUCGGUGAAGUAGACGGACAAGAUGUUGCAGACGUCCAGCUGUCUGAAGAUGAUCAAGGUCUAGCAGCAGGGCAAUUUGCAGCCUUCUACCAGGGAAGAACCUGCAUUGGCUCUGGAGUUAUCCUGGAGUCAUGGGAUGAUCAAGGAUUUCCUGUAUGUGAAAAGGCUCUUGAACUUGCAAGAAUGGAAGACAAAUCAAAGCUCGGAAAACCCGUUAAAAUAAUGAAUAAACCAGAGAUUUCCUUAAAAGAGUCUGACAAAAAGGGAGGCGCGGAAACUGAGAAAAUACUGAGUAAUAACCACAUCGCUGUCGUUAGUUAAAAGCAAAAUGCUGCUAAAUGGAUCAUGAAUGAUAAAUUCGAUAUGACAAGUUUAUAUUGGAUGCUCUGUUCUUCCUAUGUAUAUGAGUUAUUCCCAAUGUACAUUAAUAUUUUGUAAUUUAAAAUAGAAAUUGAUUUCUUUUCA